AGUAGAGCCGCAGGAGAGAGAUACAGAGGAGACAGACAGAGGAGGAGAGUACGCACAGCUCCAUCUCUGCCUGGAGAUGAGAGAUAAUUUUAUUUAACACUGAACAACAGAGCAACAGGAUCUUCCUCCUCGGCGCCGCCAUGUAUUUUGGUGAGUAAACGAGGCGUUUUCAUCUUGAAAGAGUUCCUUUGUGGUUCAUAAUAGCGCAGCAGACUCACUUGUUGCUAUGUUGAGAUGGAUGUGGGCUUUGCGGAGUCAAUCACCUGCUUAGAAAGACGGAUAGAGGAGGCGAGAGGGAGUCUAUCAGGUGCAGUAAAAGCAUGCAUCUUAGUCUCUUUAUGAUGGCUUAGAGAGUUUGACUUAUGCGUAACUCCCUUUUAAUCCUCAUGAAAGAAAGAGACAGUGGAAAGAAUUCCUAAAUGAAGAGGGGCAUCAAAAAAUCGCAAAUUGGCCCUGCAAUAAACACAGUUCUUUUUCAUGCUUUAAAUGCCAUUUGCUGUUUUCUGACAUAUUUUUUCCCGAAUAAACUAAGACAAAUUAUUGCGAUACUGCAGCCUGAGAUACUGCAAAAGGGGGCACUACAAGGCUUUACGUUUGCAUAAGUUUCCUCACAUUUAGGACAUGAAAUGUUACAAACAGUCUCUCUGUUCAGUGGUUUUUUCUCCUGACUUGAUGGUAUGACUUCACCUCCGCUGGAAGUUCCAAAAGUUUCAAAACAUGACCUGUCGCGGCACGUUAAAUGCGCGUUCAUGCGAAUUUGACUGUAGUAUAAACUGACGGCAGGCUUUUUUUUCCAGUAUGAUGGUUCAUUAGUGAUUGGCGCAGGCGCAUUAGUGAACUGGCAUUUCACCGGAGCCAUGUGAAGUUAUUUUCUCUUGAUUUGGUGCCUCUCCAUGCAGCACAGUAGGAAGAUGCGCGCUGCAGGGUGUGACUGUGCCAAAUCCAGUGAUGAUCUGCAGCCUGGUCCCAAGAUUGACCUUGUUUCACGCGCCGAAGUGCCAGGCAGCUUACUCAGACAUUUCGGGCCACUUGUGCAAGAGUGUGUAUUCAUGUGCUCUUUUUCCAAGCCCCAGCCAGCAAAAAAAAAAAAGAAAGAAAAAAAAAAUAUCACACACACACAACGUCUAUUCUCUGAUCAUGGCAGAAAUUAUGGCCACAACCGUAGUGCUGUAACACCAUACAGACAGCGGGCUUCUCAAGGAAUCCAGUCAAAUACUUGCAGCUUCCUGGUAUUUUAGGUGUCCAAAACGCAGAUCGUGACUUUGCGCACAAUCAAACCACAAUUACGCGCACGAUCUGCUUUUUAGAUUGUGCACAACAACAAGCACAUACACGCAGCAAUACAGUUCCCAGAAACCUAAGAGCAGAUGUCCACUUCAUUUCAGUAAAAUCACAACACGUGUUUGAAAGACUGUCAAAUAAGUCAAACAUCAAGGAGAUGCAAAAAUGCGGCGAGGUCACCGGGUCAGGACUAUCUCUACUUCGAAUAGUCAGAACUAAGCCAGUGCACGCAAGCGACGAUAAGCGUGUACGUUUCCAAGGGCAACCCUCUGCUGAUGUUUGGAGCGCAUGCGAUUUUAAGUGUGACACGCCACAGUUCGUGCGCACACAGACACGUCCACACAGGGUUCAGGCUGGUUAAAGGCAAUCACACUGAUGGCUGAGCGGAAGGGUGUGUUGUGAUUUCGAGUAUGAUGAUUACUCGUGUGAGCUGGUCCUGAACCAGUCUGUAAUCAAGCCCAGAGAACACGCAGAGGAGAAAACAAGCGAGUCCAAUCAGGAGUCAGCAACACAAACACUGAGUCUGUGAAACAGCACGUCGUGGCCUCCUUGAACCAGGACAGAGAGAGAGGGGGAGAGAGAGAGGAAGAGAGAGAGAGAGAGAGAGAGAGAGAGAGAGAGAGAGAGAGACGCUGUAGGAGCUAAAUCCUGAACACCUGUAAAGACAGUAUAUCAUAGGUGAACAGCUACCUCAUGUAACCACAUGAAAGUUUUUAUGAGCAAACUAUCAACUGGUUCAUGCUUUUAAAACAAACCGGGAAGCAUCUCUGAGAGUUUAUUUUAUGUUUUAGUCCUUGUUUUGAGCAGAUGUUUAAAUGAUCCUGGCUCCAGCUGCUGAAAUAAGAUAUAUUCCAUUAUAGCACCUGUAAGGAGUUUUUAUCCACUGGUGUAACAAGCUAAAAUUAGUACAGAUGACUACCCUUUGACCUAAAAAAAGAACGAUGGCAUCAAGAAAAGCUUAUUGACCAUUUCUACGCAGUUAUUUUUCAAGUCCUUUCACGAAACAACUGGCAGUGGGGGUUAACUGUCAGACUGAGUGAGUAGCUUUAAGCUGCUGAUUCAGCCUUUUGUUUCAUUGCAGAGACUCUUGAUAAGUGAUACAUCUGAUGAUUCAAAGACUGCAAGAUGACAUUUAAUUGUGAAGAGAUACAAUUUACUCAUCAACAGGAUAAAAUCAGCAAAUACCACUUUGUCCACAAAGGGCGCCAGAAUUAAUGCAAAUCAAAACCUCCUCACUGGAGCUUUAAGAAAACUGCUUUUGUAACAAUUUUAUUGUAUAUUUUCACAUUUUGACAUGUGAAGGAAAGAAGUUUUAGGCAUUAGACCCUGUAAUUAAUGAUGAUAAAUUGGUUGUUGCUUUAAGAGGGCUGAUUUCAGGUGCAAGAACUAGAGUGAUUACUCACACUGAUGCAGUUAUCAUUAAAGGUGAGGGAAGCACUUUUUCAAUUACAAGAAUUUACAUAAUUAUUGGCAGAAAAAUGCUGAAAAAAAAAACUUUGCACUAUUUUAGCCUCUGUAUCUUUUCUCCAGUGAUGUCCUGUAUCACACUUCUGGACCAAAGUAGCUUCUGCUCUGCCAGAUUUGUUUCAGUGCCUGUGUAUAUUCCAUAGACUGAUAUAUAAUGGACAGAGUCUGCCUCCUCACUGGGUGAAGCCACCCUGAGAACAGGACCCUCUGUUGACAGGCUGCAGUAUAGGUCAUAAAUCCCGCCUCCGCCAGCAAAGCUUGUGGAGCUUUUCCGUGAAGCUCUGUUUUUAAAAGUUAUUAGGGGGUUCAUGUUUUCUUUGAUUGACACCUGAUACAGCCUAUUGGCAUUCAGAGAUUGCGUCACUCACCCGGGGGAUACGCUGUUUGAGCUGAGCGUCAUCACAGCGACUCUCCCGCUGAAUGCGCACAAUGCUACUGUGCGCUGGUUUCAGGAAAUGAAGAAAAACCCUGGAAAUACAGAGAGCUUUUUGGCUUCAAGUCUGUAUACAGGCGGGAGGCGGAACCAAGUUGUCCAUAGUAUAAACAGGCUAUGGUAUGUUCGUGUCACGUAAACACAUCAUCUUCACUGUCCUAAAAGCUGCUCAGAGUUGAUUGUAGUUAGAUGGAAACCUUGUCACUCUCUCAACACUAAACUCUAGUUUUCCUCAUUUCUUGCUGUUAUUUUUCAGGAAUUAUCUACUGCUGGAGUUUUUGAAGCUCACCUGCAUAAUUGGCACUUUGAGGCAGCAUGAAAGUCUUUAAGAUGAUUACUUCCUAUUUACCCCACAUCCAUGUAUAUUAAAUAAACUUAAGUAUCCUCAUGUGUGUAUGAUCUGUAUCGGUUUCUCUCUUAUUUGUUGUUGCAUUGACAGAGAAUCUGAAACCAGAUCAACUUUGUUAGUGUAUAAUAUUUCAGUGUAAUAGCGGUCACAGGUGGCUUUUAAUUUUUAUCUAUUUAUGUUUCUUUAUUUAAAUUGAAUUAAUUGUUUUCUAGUUCUUUAAAUGUGUACUUCAUUUGUUUUUCUAUGUUAAUUAAUGUAGAGAGAAAAUUAGAGCCACAUAACUGUUUUAUUAAUAACGAUUAUUUUAAUAUGAAGUCAUUUUCUUACAUGAAUGAAGUCAUAGUUAAAUCAUAAAAUAACAACUUAAUUCUUAAAAUAUUAUGAUGUUACUCCAACUUAAUUCUUGUGAGAAACUGUGAUGAGACCUAUGUUUUUUUAAACUUUAAAAUCUUCCAUGUUACCCUAAUAUGAGAUAGACUGAUUCAUAAAGUCAAGUAAUUGCCUUUAGACAUAACCAGCAUCAUAUUAGUAUUGGCCCUAACAAAGCUGAUAACACUAUUAUCUUUUCUAAAAUAAAACACUACUCUCCAUUACUAAUAACAUCAUAUUUAACACAAACAUGACAGUUUUUUAAAUUAUAACUCAACUAGAUUUAUAUUUUCUCUUUUUUAACAGCCUUCAGCCAACCUGCUCUCUCAUAAUUGGCAUCAGUAUCGACCAUUAAAACUGAUAUUGGUCAAGUACCCCAACAUAUUAAUGCGCGUUUUGCUUUGUAUAUAAAAAAAUAUGAUAAAAAUUUAAAUACUUUUUUCUUCUUCUUUUAUUUGUUGAAUAUGACACAUUGCUUUUGCAAACAUGAGACAUGACCUAACAGGAGUAUUAGGUAAAAGCAGCUCAGGGUUGUUCUUCAGUCCAUUAUUCAACUGUGAAUUUAAGAACCACGUGUCUUUCUUUACUGACUUUGCUGGAGUUAUAUUUGAUCAACUGAUUCAUCGAUAAGAAUUGAGAGUGAAAAGCAUCUAAAGUGGCUAAGAUGCAAGGAAAAUGCACACUGAGGAAAUGUCAUCAAUCAGAAAAGCUCCUUUGUCUCUCCAUCUCGUCGACCGUUAAAAAAUAACUCACUUCUAGGUAGCCACUCCUCCCUAUAUUCACAUUUCUAAAAUGUUUUGUCUUUUUUCUGCCAUGCUGUCUCUAAGGUAAUGUGUGUCAAAGCGCUCUGCCUCCGCUCACUCGUCCCAACCUCGGCAGGACCCUGACCUCCUCUGACGCCAAGCCCCUCCUCCCCUUCCACCUGCUGCCUGGAUUCAAUGACGUGAGUGCUUUCAGUUCUUAUAAUUGUCUCAGGCGGUGGACUGUACCCUGCUGCCUUUAAAAAUACCCUAAAAACCAUGAUUGUGCUGAUGUUUGCAGCAAGUGGCGGAGUUUAUUUCAUGCUACAGUUUCAAUCCCCAGAUGCAUGAGCUAAAGCUGCCCACACCUUUCCAAAUAUAUCACCUCUGAUGCACAGAGCUGUGACAUUUCCACUCUACCCGGGGGGUGGAGCUGAUUCCUUGGCAUUCCUCACACAGCUCCUCUUGAAGCUGUCUGUCCCCAGUGGAUGUGGGGGGUGAAGGCGGAGAGCUGAAGUCUAAACCCCGUUAGGAAGGAUGUGUCAGGUGUAGCGGAGGGCUGAUGUUUGGCUUACACAAGAAGCCUGCUGCUUGUCUUAAUAUCAUCCAGGAGAAGGGAUAAACGGAAUCAUUUGAAGGGUUUUGCUUUUACAAAAGCACAUUGCAAAAAAAAUUACAAAAAAUAAGAUAUAUGAUGUGGAAAAGUCCUACAUUAAAUUACCAGUAGAGAUGAAUGACGACAUGGAAGUUUAAUAUGUUUAUAAGUAAAGUUUUUGCAGUAUUGUUUGAUUUGGACUUUGCUCCAGGACGCCCCGCCCACAAACAGACGCUCCUGCUCGCUCGUAUCGUUCCAAUUAAAUUCAGAUAUAAUGCAGAUAAAAACUUUAGAUAAUUACAAAUGGGGCCCAGUCAACGUGAAAGUAAACAGCAUUGGUGCUACUGUAGAUGCCAUCGGACUACCAGCAAACACAAUGUUUACAGGACUUCUACAACUAGGAUAAAGUGACAUACUCCAGGACCCGAGGUAAACAGUUUAGCAGCACUACAACACGCAGUAGGUCCGGUUUGACAAGAAACACUUCUGUUACACUUGGCUUACUUUGUUAAAACGGUUUACCUGUCCAGCAGAAAGGUUACAGGGUCCGUAUGAUCCUGAAGCACCCCAUCAUUGUUGACCCAGCUUCUUAGCUCUUGUCCGGUUAACCUCCGUUUUAAGCACCUGUUAUUCUGCCAGAGUCUCCGGUAUUUAGUUUGUUUUCUUGCUUGUGUUGGCAGUCGUGGCCAAAGGAGGAUUCAGACAAUUUUCCGUACUUUCUGGUUGGUUUCUACUGUCCGAUAUUGUAGCAUGCUAACUUUGAGCAGUGUCUGCCUCACAACAUGAGGGAGCAGCAUCUGCCUCACAACCAAUCAGCACUAAGGAGCAGCGUCCGCCUCACAACCAAUCAGGAUGGGGGAGGCGGGGAAUGGCUUUGUUUACAGUCAGAAAGAGCGGAGUGCUCUGAAAUUUUAAAAUGUUGACCACACAGACAUAACAAAACACAGAGAUAUUGUGAUAUUCCCAAAGGUCGUCAAUAACUAAUAGCUAUUGAGUGAUAUUAAAAGCUUUUUUGUAUAUACACCACAAAAAAAGAUGCUUCUUUAAUGGAAACCUGCCUACCCCACCUUUAAGCUUCAUCUUUCAACAGUAAAAGGUAUAAAAACCUGUCAGUCACAUCCCAGCCUCUGCACAGCUACACUGCUGAAAAAAGGGCAUUAAAAAUGUUAAUUCAAGCUUCUGCAGUCUAUUUAAUACAAAUGCUUAUGUUGCAAUAACAAUAGGAUGAGAAUUUUACUGUAAAGUGACCAGAUUUCUGACAUAAAAUUCGGGACAAAUUUCAUUUUGGGGGAUGUAGUCGAUUCAGAGGGGAGGGGGGCUGUUGUUGUAGGACUGCCAGCUACAUGCUCACUCAGUGCUUCCCACCAGCUACCAUUACCGUUGUUGUAGUCACCACCAAACAUUUUAUUUCCUCAUUCAUGAAAUGUACAAAUUGGGGACAUUUCCAGGGACAGCUUUUGCAGAGGAGAGGUCAUCCAAAACAGGGACUGUACCUGGAAAUCGUGGGUGUCUGGUCACCUUAUUCUCUUUCUCUUUUACCACAUUCAAUCAAAACUAGAAGACUCUAUUAAUGUUAGAAUUCAACAUUUUAUCUAAAGGUUAGAAAAUAACUCUUUAAAUAUCUCACGUCAACAUUUCCUUGUUGAAUAACCUCAUGCUUUCUUUCAUUUUCAACACUUCUCCCUCUCUGCAGCUGCAGGAAAAUGGCCACCGUGCCAAAAUUUGCUGACCUUUACAAUCCCUGCUAUUUACUCAGUGUAGUUAGAGAGAUUUAUGGUUUUUUUUUUCAUCUUCUCUGUACCAUAAAGUGGAGCUGUAUGCCUGUAACAAAAUACAACAAGUAGGGAUUUAUACUGUAUGGCUGGAGAGGGAUCACUGAGUCUGCUUGUCAUUUUCGUAGACUUUUUUAAAUAGUUUACUCAAAGAAAACCAAAUUGAACAUAGUACUUGUCCAGGCAGGCCACAAAAUUCAAGCUCCCAACAACAGCCCAAAUCAGCACAGCCUCUUUACCCCCCAUGCAUUCAGUCAAAUGUAUGGCAAAUGUCAAUUGUUCGCUCCAAUUGAACUGCCUCAGUCUGCCUACUCCUGCUGCUUCCUCUGCCUCUAGUUUCUCACUUUAGUGUAGUUUGUCCAAGUGGAGUUGCCAUACCAGCAAGCAAAGGAUGCUGAGCCAGUCCUACCAUUAGAGAUACCAUACAAGAAAUACUUUGUUAUUGGUGAAUAUUUUAAUAUUUCUUUCUUCAUCUUAUUAAAUAACGCUGGUUCAUUCAUUUUAGGGAUGUUACAUAUUCGCAAAACCAAAUAGAGUCACUCCAAACCUUUAUUUACAUAUUUUGAAACUACUCCAGAAAGUAGGAAAGCAGCUAAAGUCUUGAUACAUUGAUGCUCUUCUUGUUUACAGAUGCAUUAAUUACUUUCUACAUUUCAACUUUCAGUCGUGAUUGCAAAAACUACAUCCUAGACGUACAAACUUUGCAACAUACAACCGAGCUCAGUGUGAAACAUAAUAAUGAAAACACAUCGUUUGUCCUGUUGUAUAGCCUGGGCCCCAAAGCUGAUCAAACCUGCUACCAACACCGGCUCUGUUCAGUUCCAGGGGUUUUUGUUGCCGCUCUCCCUGCCUUGACUUUUCACCUACAUGAAACAGAGGGAAGGUUUUGGUAUUCCAUGUAAGCAUGUGGAGGGGCAGGGAGCUCUCAAGACAGAGCCAAACUCCAAAUGCAACCAAAUAAUUAAUGACGCCCCAGCAGCUCAUGUGCUGCAUUCCAGUUAGCUUGGAAGAGGGAUGUCGGAGCUGGAAAUGACGUUACACCCGAGUUGACAGCGUUCCAGUUAACAAGUCAGAAAACCAAGAUGGACGCCUACUGUUAGCCGUUGUUAGCCAUUGUCAGUUGUUGUUAGCCGUUGUCAGCUGUUGUUAGCUAUACCAGUUGUAAACAACGCAUAACACCAUAUUUUACCCUUACAAACACCAUAGCACUGUGUUCACAGUUGGGCAGUACAACAUACACCACUUAUUUAAUUUCACAAGAACAAAACACAAAUGCUCAUAAAUAUUUCAUUACGAGAGCUUUCACUGUUACUCUUUACUGUUGAUGCAAUGUGCUGCCAUCUUGGAUUAUGACGUUGUCGUCAAGUCAGGGCUGGGGGGGAUUGACCGAGUCUGAAACCCCGACUUCCGAGUACAACAGGAAUGCAGCAAUAACUCCAUCUCAUAUUUUCCAACUGUAACAGCAGCUCAGAAUAAAAAGAUCAUAUGUAAGUCACAGAAAAGUUUUUGCAUGACUAUAGAUGCUAAUCUCAUGAACCUUGAUGACAUGUUUGCUGGCCUCUAUCUAGAGCACAACAUAAUUUGUUUGGUAUCCACAUAUGGGUUGUCAUGGUUACACCAGGAUGUGGAUGUGUGUCAUGAGCCAGGGAUCCAGAGCAGCAGCAGACCAAGACAAUGUGGCUUGUACUUUGACAGAUUUUUCUUUAUUAUGUUUCUGAGCAGAUAAUAAGAUAAACGACAAAGAACCAGAAGCAGCAGCUCAUUCAUCAUAAGCCCGCCUCUCUCAAGGUGCUUGAUGUCAUGUACUCUCAUGUCGCUCUGGUACACUAUGUAAAUCCAAGAUCAUUCAUCAUUGUAAAUGUUGACUCUGCUCCAAAUUUAAAGUCUGCUUUGCUUCACUCGGCCAUAUGUUUCUGCCAUAACUCGCUCACUGGAGGUGUGUCUGUGUGUGUGUGUGUGUGACAUGCCACCACUGAACUACAUACAGAUCAGCGCUGAAGUUAUGUGCUGAAGUUAUUUGUUGACUUUGUCAUGCACUUGGAUGACUGCUUGAUUUAUUCACCAUAUCCAUAUCUGCCAAUGUCAUACUUUGGGUGGGAAAAUCAAAUAAUGUCUUGUUUUACUGCUGUGAUACAUGUACUGUCAUUGACUGUCUGUGCCGGUGUCAGUGCAGAACUUGUAUUUAUGAAGCACCUCCCAUGACAUAGCCUGAUCACUGGUGCAGACUUGCUGUUGGAGGGUCUAAUAGCCUGCUCUGUGUCCAUGCUUGGAGGUCUUGUAAGAGGGUGUAGUGAUGCUCUACUACCCGGAUGUAAACAAGCACAGAUGACUGAUGUUUUCCUGUUUUGCUGCACAGUUUGAAAUGAUAACUCUCUGGUUCUCUUUGCUAUACCUAUACAGCUGGAAUACAACAGAUGAAUGUCACAGUUUAUUUAAGUGAAUCCACAGAGUUUGCAUUAAUGCAGAGCAAGCAGAUUGAAGUAGAGGAGGCGAAGGAGGAGGGUGACACUGCUUUGAUUCAUCUGUGGGUUUAUCAUGUGGACAGAUGACAGAAACAAAAGGUGAUGACUGUGAAGGGCAAAAUGACUUUGACCCAGAGUGCUGAGUGGGAGUCCAGAGGGACGCGGGGAGGUGACUUUGAUCAGAGAAAGAGGGGGAGGCAGCUGGGGAGGUGAAGGGAGGGAGCUUUGAUGGAAGGUCGUGGAGGCUUUUAGCAACUUGAGAAAUGUCCAGCUCAUGUCUUACCUUUAAUUGCUUCACAUUUUCUAGAGUCUGAUUGUAGAUCUUAUUAUUGAUUUCAUUAAUGAUGCACCAAAGAACUGUUUCUGUUUCUCUGUGUUUGUUUAAGCACCAUUUACUCCAACGGCUGCAGAGAAACUGAGAUAAGAGUCUGCAGAGAUACUUUCCCUUGUAGCUGCCUGAAGUAAUGAUCAAAGAAACUCAGCACACACACACACACACACACACACACACACACACACGCACACACACACACACACACACACACACACACACACACACACACACACACACACACACACACACACACACACACUUACAGUCAGCUUCUGUGUUUGUAACAUUUCAAGAGCAAAUAAUUCAUCUCCUCCACCCUGAGAAUCUCCAUUUCGGCGUGAUGCAGUGUGUUCCCGCUGCCUACAGGACUAGUUGGCUUAGGCGUAAUAACACAUCAUUCUUCCUGUCACCUCCAGCCACAUUUCCAUAGAGUCUCCCAGGUUGUGGCUGGUUAUACGGCUCCCCACAUUUCAUCACAGGUAAUAGGUUUGUUGUGCUCCACAUAGACUCAAAGAGUUUUAUAAGGCCGGGUAUUCGCUCAUUAAAGACUCUGGGAGGAAAUGUCCAGAGAUGCUCAGAGCUGUGUGGCCAGUCUCUGGUGGAGUUAUUAUGCAGACGAACAUUCAUGUUCAAAGACAUGAGGAGGUUUACAGGCUCCGACUAUGACACUCAUGAAAGAAGGACCAUCUCAGUUUGUUUUUUUGUUCACAUUUCAAGCAUUUACUGUAAAAGUGACUGAAAUAUUGCAGAAAAUUGCCAUUAAACUCACCUUCAAGUCUGACUGUAGCAAGGGCAAAAGCCAGAGUGAGGCUAGGCCUCUGGCACUCAUUCCCCUGCUAUAGGUUUGAAAUGUUUAAAUGGACAGCACAAACUGUGGUCAGGUGUGAUUUAUGGUGGUCAUAACUGACCUCAGGUGUUUUUUGAGUGGAAAAUAAGUGUAUAAGAGUUUUGUCUGAAAGUGUUUGGUCAGGAAAAUGAUUAAACACUCUCACCAGCUGGUUGAAAAAAAAAAGAUUUUUUUUUUUCUGUUAGCCUCUCAUAUUUCAUUUUUUUUUUCAGUUUCAGGCUCUAUCACAGACAUUUUAUUUCAUCUUUAGAUUGUUUUUAUUGGUUUUAGAUUUUUAUUUUUCUCAUUACAUUUAUUUCACUUUCAGCCAGUUUUAACAGCCCUCUUACUCAUGAGCAGGACCAGAUCAGCAGAUGAUCCCUUUGAAAAUCAACACAACAAGCUUUACUGUUAAGAAUAUCUUUAACUGUUGUGAAGAAAAGAAGAAGUGAGAGUGCUGUAAAACCAGGUUACACCAACGUCCCUCUGCCUCUGAAAGUCACGUUUCAAUCCUACAGGAGUUAAAGUAUCAAAGGAUUGGUGUUGGAGAGUCACUUUAAACCUGAUGAGGUCAGUCUCUCUGAAGUUUAGGACAUUGAUUCACUCAUCAAAGUUUCUCUGGUGAACAAUAAGUGAGCGACACAUGCUGUCAUGUUCAUGCCUGCCCUCUUGCCAGACAAGCACGCCCUCGUUCUUCAGGCCUCUACCUCAAACUUGAGUCUAAAUAAAUCCAUGUUAACGUAAUAGGAGUGUCUCAACCAUGGCCAGCCUGUCAUUUACACCUCAGGUGAUCACUUUAACCUCUGAGUCUAAAGCAGUCAUGACCUGAACGUCACACUCCUCAUUUAUUGCAGAUGGACCCCAUCCAUAAAGCUCUGAUUGGCCCAGGCUUUGAGCUGAUUUCCCCCCUGAAGAGGAAGUCCAGCUCCUGUGGAGUGUGUCGACUGAGGUUCAACUCUGAGGUGGGUGUUGUCUUGUGGGAAACACACACUUAUAAUUGUGUUUCUCUCUGGUUGCUUGUAUUUCUCACACACACCCUUUAUAUGACAGUUGAGCAGCGAGGAGACCUGCCCUGUUUUUUUGUUUUUACUGUGUGAAAGCUUCUUCCAACACCUGGCAUGACCUUUGCAGAGCAUUUAUUUUCAUUGUGAUUGUUACCGAAUGAUUGACACAGCUACUAAUUCGAGCUGAAGUGCAUUAUGAUGUCAGCACCUACAUAUAUGAGAUGAAAGAAAGUCUGCAAGGUGUAGCAGAGGAGUAUUUGCCAGGGGAAAACCGUGAAAUCUUUAAAAUUCAAGUCAUGUUUUAUGCCUGAAAGCUAAAAAUACUGACCGGCUCACCGAGCUAACAAACUCAAUCCAUUAGAUUCAUAUUGUCUUGUUUGCUUGUGUGCACACAGGCUCAGGCUACUUCCCAUUACAGUGGCACAAAACAUGCGAAGAGGCUGAAAUCUCUCGACGCCCCCGAAUCAAAGAUCAGGACCUCUGAACCGGCUGCCAAGGAAACUGCAUCGCAAAUCCUGCCGAUGUCCUGCUCCCAGCCCUGCAGCUCUGACACAUCCUCAGGAGGUGUGUGUGUGUGUGUGUGCCUUUGUUAGCAUGCAUUCCUUCCCUGUGUGUGUGCAUGUGUGUGCAUGUGUGUGUGGAGACGUGAAACAUGACAGCUUUAGAUACGGUGCAGGAAUAAAUGGCUCAGACCCUCUUUCCCCCUCAGUCACGACUUGAACUCUUUGAUGUGAUAAGCCUCCUGCUGUUCAGGGUUUCACAGUGCAGAGAUUAAAGGUUGAGCUCUUUUCCCUCUUCAUGUCUACAAUUUCUGACCUCCUCAGUGGCUCCAGAGAUCAGAACCACAUUGACAAGACUUUGAAUAUGAUCCACGGGUAUUUCUCUACCAUGUCGGCGUAAGUGUGUUUGUCAGUGCAACAUGUGUGCUGCUUUUGCACGUGUGGGCGUUUGGGAAUAAAAAUACUACAUUUCGCUUCGAGCCAAAAAGAGGAGGGUUGUGCUUGGCGGCUCUAAUAUGAGAGUUUGUUUGUAAGAGGAAAAGAAUAAGUGAUCAUCUCCAGUGUGAAGAGGAUGAGCUCUUCCAGGAUCACUUCAGCAACGGGCCUCAUUGGCUCCUGAAGAGAAGCAAAUCAAUGGUACCAAGCAGACACCCACUCAAGAAGACAGAGCUAAUCAUUGUUAUUAGCAAAGAGUGAACCCUUAAAUCAGCGUGUCCUCCUCUGAGGAAGCUCUAUGAGACAAGAUGUGUAACAUAUAAUAGAGUCAAAUCAUCUGUAUAGAAAAACUGUCCCUUUCAGUGCCAGAGAGGUGAUCCUUGAGGGAAUGAUUGACUGUUACAAAGAUUAGAGAGGCUCAUAAUCAGUCUGGUGGGUUUUUAUUCCACUUCUGAGCAUGAUGGGAAAUUGUAGUUUGUUGCUGUGUCAAAUUUAUGGCAUUAAAAAAGUGGAAAGAUUGCUCACCUAACCAUAUUCUGUGUGCCAUAUUUUACCUUUCAGAACCACCAGAACCAAACCAUUCAACAGAGGAGGUGACAUCUCCUGCUGCCACCAUGAACGCCCCCUCUGAACCCUCCCUGUCACCCAACCAGACGACUCCCGAGAGGAGAGAAGUGGCAGAAGUGACUCCUGAGGAGGAAACAGAAGAAGAAAAAGCCAAACGUCUGCUCUACUGCUCCCUUUGCAAAGUGGCUGUCAACUCUGCCUCCCAGCUGCAGGCCCAUAAUAGUGGUGAGAAACGGAAAGCACAGACUAAAUCUGUCUUGGUUUGCUGCGUUUGAUUCACUGUUGACCUUUAUCUGCUCAGGCACUAAGCACAAAACAAUGCUGGAGGCUAGGAGCGGAGAUGGAGCCAUCAAGUCCUUUCCGAGGACGGGGGUUAAGGCAAAGAUGGCCGCACCAUCCGAGUCGUCGACGGGACUCCAGAACAAAACUUUCCACUGUGAGAUCUGCAACGUGCACGUCAACUCUGAGACUCAGCUCAAACAGGUCAGUCCUCAAAGUUUUUCUGCUGUCAAACAAAAUCAUGACAGAAAGGACUGCAUAUGACGAACUGACAAACCAACAAGGCCAUGAACUUUAUUUCCCUCCUUUCUGUCAUUUUAAUAAUGAAAAUAAAUGUAACCUUUUAUCUCAUCUCUAUCCAUCAAACCAAUUUUUUCUGCCAUUUCCCACAAGAUUACUGUGCUGUGCAACAAGCAAAACUGACAAAGUUGCCAAACACACGGACGCGUAUUGCAUUUACAAAAAAAAAAAGAAAAAAAAUAGCGCUCUGUUCUUCAAAGUAAUUUUUUUCUGUUUUUAUGAGUAAAUUUUUUUAAAUGUUUUUUUGCACUAAUAUUUUAUUUUGUUUUGUUUUUUAGACUAAAUGUUCUUCCUUUUCUCUUGGAUCAUGAUCAUUUAAAAACAGAUGCUUUCAUCCCCCUCUGCUCGAUUUCUUGGAAGCAAACAUGGACCACUUGUUUAGUUUGAAUGAGUUUUACUUUCUUUUGGGUUUGAUACACUUGAAGAUCCUCCUUUCUUUAAGUCAGAUAGAUGGAAUUGUCAUAAGUUUAUUGACUCUGUGCAGGCACCUCAGGAUUUGCACACCCUAUGUUUAACUGAUAACAUUCUUUACUUUCAUUGACCUUGUAGUCAAAGUUAUCUAGGAGCUGGAGAAUCUGCAGAUUUGGAGCAGCCGCGGUGGUUAACAUUAUCUGAUUGUGUGAGAUUCUUACAGGAUUUUGAAGUAUCUUGGUUAGUCCGGGAAAAAAAAUAGUCUGAAAAACCAAAAGAUGAAAAAAAAAGCACAAAAAACUCUAUUAAGAUUUGUCUGAAAAACAGAAAAAAAGGGGAAAAAUAUGAAUACAACAAACAGAUGAAAAAAAAAUAGUCAGAAAAAAAACAGAAAGAAAAAAAAUACCCCAAAAACAGUUCCCUUUUUUUUUUUUUUUGGUAAGUGAAUGCAAUAUGCUUGCGUACAAACAAAACCCAAUUUAAAACUAACAAAGCAGCUUGAGACGUUUGGCACUAGAUCGCUUACAUCAUAAACUUUUUUGGAAAUGCUUCAAACUAAGGCAGUUUUGCCUUAGUUUUUUUAGAAAAUUAAAUAUUGAUAUUGUGCUGAAAGUUUGAGUUUUUGCUUCUUUCAAAGCCUGCAGAUGUGAUCAGCAGGCAGAGAACUGUGCAUGUGUCAAAUCAAUGCUGAAUGAUGUUGUAAAGUUGAACACAUCUGCAGCACUUGAUCACCAAGUUUCUGUUCUGGUCUUCUGGUUGGUUUCUCCACAAAGACGUUGAGCCGACCAGCUCUCCAUGUGGAUCACACUCUCACUUUUUACAAGUCCCUCAUACAACCCCACUUCAAAAAAACGCUGAACUCUUCCUUUCAAUCUUGUACAUGAGCAGCUGUAAGUGGUGUUUUGUUCCACUGUUGACCAUGUGGCUCGAUCAGGCUGCAUUCUGGGUAGGUGACAGGAGGAACUGGCUCGUCACAUUUCCUGCUGGUUCUUCCCUCUAAUGAAAGUGAAGGUCUGAAAAGGUCAGCUGUCACACAGAUUCACGUCUUGCACAUUUGGACCUGAACACAGACUCAGCCGUCAUCACUCAUGCGCCAAGAAAACCAUUUAAGGACUCUGCAUAUUUUAAUCCACAUUAUCACCCACCUGUCGCUGCAGGUGAGGUAAAUUCACAGAUGUCUGGAUGUAAGUCACAUAAAGCGGCUAAGCCCGGUCUGUUUCGGUGAGUGUAAUGUUAGCAUCUCUGCACGUGAUGUGAUUACAAAGUGUUGGUCUUCAUAACUGUUUCAAAACUUUACUUUGACCAGGUGCUCAUGAAUAUUCAGCUCUUCUCUGCUCACUGUGUUCAUCGCCGGCUGUAGCCAUCUGUUUGUGCAUGUCAAUCAAAUCAAAAAGGAUCUCCAAGAGCCCACCCCUCAAGAAUAUUUUCCUCCUGGUCAGAGCAAACAGAGAAUCAACAGCCUGCCUCUCUCGUCCAAACAGAAGCUUUGAUUUGGCUCCUUUUAAUUUCCUCUUCUCUUAUUAUUCAGAAGAAAAUACUGCUGUUGUUUUCUUCCUUCUUUGUCCUCCUUCCUUUGUUUUCCUGUGUCUUUAUCUCUGCGUCUCUCCUUCUCUGCAGCACAUCAGCAGCAGGAGACACAAAGACAGAGCAGCAGGUAAACCAGCCAAGCCGAAGUUCAGCCCGUACACUCCCAUCCAGCGUCACCAGAGUUUCCAGGCAGUGAGUGCUCUUCUUUUGAUUUACCCUCAUCCGUCUUCAUUGCUUUUGACUCUCCAGACCCUCCACUCCCUGCGUCAAAUGAGACGAACUGUCUGUGAUACUGAUGGAAGGAAUCUGAAGUCUUAAUUCAGUGACUUUAAAAAAGGCACAAAAGGGCAGGUAACGCUAAGACUUGGAUAAGAUUUGGCAGAAACAAGCACAAGUUGAACUUCUGUUUUUGCCAAGUAGCUACUACAGCCUGGUCUCCUUGUCCUUCUCUGGUUUCAUACUCAAACUUUUCAAUUUCCUUUGGGGAGAAUAGAAAAACUUUGAUUGCUGUUUGUUUGUUUCCUCCUCAGAUUCGACUCACGCUGCAGAAGAACCAAGACAUCACCAAACCUUUGGCCUCCUGUCUCCUACAGCGUCAACUUUCUGUUGCUGCUGCCGCUGCUGCUGCCGCCAUGUCAACGCUGCCCUCCUUUCCUCUACGCCCCACUACAAACUCAAACCCCGCCCUGUUUUCAAGUCAGCCCCUCCCACAAGCGCUGCUGCAUCCAGCACCCAGACCAAGCAUCUGCUCAGGACACACGCCAGUUCUGUUUUCUCCAUACUGACCAAAACAAAGCCUCAAUCAGCCCAGACCAUGGCUUCAAAACAAACUUAAAGACCCGCUCUGAUGAAAAUCAUGUUUUUCUUGUUGUCUUCAUGUUCUUAUGGUAUUUUUCUGAUACUCAAGGACAUAUCAUGAGAAAACUAAGAGCAAAAUUGCAUUUCUGAGUAAUUCUGCAUUCAAAUCGCUGUGAACCUUUGGCAGACCCAAACGACAAGCACAGACACGGUUGGAUUUUCUAUGUCACAAAUCCAAGCUCCACCCCGGCACCCUGUUCUGCAGGCCAGACCCCAAGAAGUAGAGAGGACGAUGGUGGAACAAGUGUGUUAGCGGAUUGCAAUGCUCAUUAGAAGCUAAUUAUGAUAUUAACUUUCAUUAUGCCCAUAAAGACAUUAGUGUCAGAGAGCUGAAUAGCUCCUAUGUUACCUGCCACUUCUGCUACUACACCGACAAUGUUAGGUGGCAAGCCAGUGUGAAGAGGAGUGUGCAGAGCAGCGCUGUCUCCUCCCACGACUCAGAGGUGAAUUGCUAAUGAGCAACUGGAGCUCUGCAGAAGAAAAGUCCUUAAAAAUGACACAGGUAACACGAUUUUUGGUAAAAACUUCAUAAUCACAAUUUCAAGACCACUGAGAACACUUGAAGUAAUAAAAAAAUAAAUAAUCAGAGUGGGACUUUAAGACUGCGCUGCAAAUAUCUGCAGACACUGUGAGGGGUCAUGGACCAGGUGGUGGUGGUGGUGGUGGUGGUGGUGUGGGGGGGGGGGGUUACUGGGCCAAAAUCCAGGUGGCAGCUUAGGAUAGAGGAAACAGAAAACAGCAAACACUCAGAUAAAAGUGUCAUCUGUCGUGUAUGUGUGUGUAAGAGUGUGUGUGUGUGUGUAAGAGUGUGUGAGUGCAAACAGGAAUGUGUCCGUCACAGAAGAGCAACUUUUCCUUACAUAUUCUGUGUGUUACAGCCUCAUUAUCCUUCAAUUUUGCUUUAUUUAUGCAGCACCUUGCAUAUAAACAUCCUGCCAUAAAGUGCUUCACAUAGAAACAACAUGGAAAAUAAACCGAUUUUAACCC